AAGUAAGUUUCGGUCGGACCGGAAGUGAAGACGGGGGAAGGAAAAGGGAGGUGGACUGGAGAUGGUGAAUGCCGCAUUUGUUUUGUCUUUCUGAGUCUUUGAGCCGAACCUCCUCUUUGCUAUUUGGGUCCGCGUUGACGGUCCAAUUUGUAAAAUGAGCGAACUCUGUCUGACCUCGUCUGCUAAGACUCGGACGUCGUUCGUUGUCGCGUUGUAGCGCACAGCCUGCUGGGUAAUAUGCCUCAGACCACAACAACAAACAACAAAUCAGUCAUGAACCUGAGUGAGCAGAGAGACAGGAUCCAGCAGCAAGUGGAAGACUUGGAAAGAAGUUUGUGUGCCACCAAGACGGAGCUAGAUCUUCUCAGCAGCGACACGGAUGACGAGUCUAAUGUGGACACUGACGAGGAGGUGGGCCAGGUGACUGCAGGUCUGCUGGCUCAGAGAGACAAGAUCCAAAGUGAGAUCCAAAACCUGGAGAACUUUCUGGGGACGCGCAGUCCUGUCAUUGUGUCAGAUGAUGAGAGCAGCAGCAGCAACAGUGAGCUGGGCCUGCCCGUGUCAGUGGACUUGUGUCUUCAGAUGAACUUGGUGUACCAGCAGGUCCUUCAGGAGAAACUCCAACAGCUGGAGAUGCUCAUGGCUCACAACCUGAGACAACAGAAGGAAGUUUUGUCUCAGUUGUCUGGACCAAUGAGAGAUGCUUCCAGAGAAGACCUCGCCUCCUCGUCGUACACCAAGCCCACAACCUUGUUCCUGGGUCACUUCCUGAAACCGUACUUCAAGGACAAAGUGACGGGACUGGGUCCUCCCGCCAACCAGGAGACACAGGAGAAGAUGAUGAAGAUGAAGGGUUGCCUGGACAACAACAAGAUUAAAGUCAAACGAUGGGAGAGUUGGCAGAAGACGUUGUUGAUAGACGCAGUGUCCAGAGACAGUCUGAGGAGACUCAUCCAGCCUAAACUGUCCAGGGUGGACUACCUAAGUCAGAAGUUGUCCUCUGCAGACGAAUCCAAUGGACAUCAGCUCCGAUUGACCAUUGAAAGUCUGGAGAAAGAAAUUGAAUCCCUCAGAGGGAGGAAGGCAGAGGAGCUGAUUGGAAAUCAGUUUGAGGAUCACGACUGGCAGAAGAUCGCCAACAUUGACUUUGAAGGACUGAGGGAGGCGGAGGACAUUCGUCUCUUCUGGCAGAACUUCCUUCACCCGUCCAUCAACAAGAGCCGCUGGAGUGCGGAGGAAGUGCAGAAGCUGAGGGAGCUCAGUAGGAGACACAAAGAGAGAAACUGGGACCUCAUUGCUGCGGAGCUGGGGACAGGUCGCACUGCCUUCAUGUGUCUUCAGACCUUCCAGAGGUUCAUAUCGGACUCGUUGAAGCGCCGGACGUGGACCGAGAGUGAAGACAAGAAGUUCCGGGAGCUGGUGGACAAGAUGAGGAUCGGGAACUUUAUCCCUUACACGCAGAUCAGUUACUUCAUGGAGGGCAGGGACACGCCACAGCUCAUCUACAGGUGGUGCCAGGUUCUGGACCCUAGUCUGAAGAAAGGACCGUGGUCCAAGGAGGAAGACCAGAUGCUGCUGCGAGCCGUCGCGCGUCACGGAGGGAAAAGCUGGUGGAAGAUCCGAUUGGAGGUUCCUGGACGCACUGACAGCGCCUGCAGAGACCGGUACAAGGACUGUCUGAAGGAGGGAACCAAGAAAGGUACUUUUGAUGAUGAGGAGUUGGAGCUCCUGAAGAAGCUGGUGGACAAACAUGGAGUUGGUCGCUGGGCAAAGAUUGCUGCAGAGGUUCCAAACAGGAACGACGCUCAGUGUUUGAGAGCGUGGAAGACCGUGAAGAGACGCCUGGAAGCAUCUUCUACACAAAGAAGAAGAAAAAGAAGUUCAGGAGCGACGGAGACGAAGAUGAAGAUCAGGACGCAUCUUCUGAAGGUCAAAGUGAAGAAGGAGGAGGAGAGCAGCGAGGAGGACGACGUGGUGGUGAAGUACAUGGAGAGUGAUGAGGAUGAGGAGGAGAGGGAGGAGCCAGUGGCAAGGAAAGGUGAUGAAGAGGAGGAAGAGGAGUACUGCAUGCUUCCCAUGAGCAGGUGGAUCCCUGAUGAGAAGAACCAAGUCGGGAAUCUAGCGUCCAGCUUGUGUCCAGUGACGCUGCCGUCUUCAUCAGACCCCUCCCACCACCAGCAGCCCGUCCGCUCCACCAUUGUGGGAAAGUUUGGACGCUCCGUGGUGGUGGGCCCGCACCCCCAAGACCUGCGGUGGGAGGAGCGACACGGCGGCGGCGUGAUGAUGAUGCUGUCACAUGAGCAGCUGUACACGCAGCUGAAUCGCCAGGCGGCGUACAAGCGCAACAAGCACCACCCCCGCCGCAUGACGGAUACGUCCCUGGACUAUCAGCUGCAGGCAGCGGUCUCACCAUGGGUCGGGAAUCUGCUGAUCCCGAGACCAACCGAAGCCACUUUGGCUGACGCCCUCAGCGAGUGUGGCGGGAAGACCAAAGUGGGCUCCACCCCCCUCUUCCUGCUCCUCCUCCGCGCCAUGAACAUGGACACCACGGGUUGCAAGAAGGUCAUCGAGCGGCGCAAGGACAAGUUAUUGCCGGUGGACCCACCACCUCAGCCACCCGCGCCGCUAAAGGACCCCAAGACGGUGGCGGGAAUGCUUCAGCGGCAUCAGGCCGCCAAGAACCGUCCACAACCAGAUGUCAAGCCACCACCACUGCUUCUACUGCAACAGGCUCCACCCACUCGCCUUCCAUUUCCCAGCAUGCUUCCCUGGUCACCUUUAUCGCACCCCCGAGAGCCUUCCAUCGGCCUCCUACACACCCCCUCCCUGGCCACACCCACUUCUGCAAGUGUCCCUCUUUCCGUUCAGCUCGUCUCCCCACCGCCACGCGCUUUUUCCCACCAGGUCCCACCCUCCUUGGCAGCUCCACCUCUAGCACUGCUUCCUCCUGUCUUUGUCGCAUCCAAUGCUAAUAAUGACCACACCUACACUAUCAUUGGGCCUCACCCCGCCCCCAAAGCAGUGCCCACAGGUAAGAAGCGAGGACGGGAGGAGGAGUGUGUGGGCGGGGCUCCCAUGGCUGUCGUUCAUGAAGAGAAGCGAGUCCGGAAGUUAAGUCAGAAAGCCAUCGAAUCACAGACUUCAGCCAGUGAGAUGAGGAGGAGGAGGAGGGGCAGCUCUCCAAAGGUUCAGAGACCAAAGGUGUCUUCAUGGGUCCCGGGUGGGCUUGUCCAGAUGGUGCAAGCUCCGCCUCCAGGUCUACUUUUCAUCAGGCCAAGUGUGCUUUUAAGUCCCCUGCCCCCCCAGUUAAUUCUGCAACCAGCCUGUGGCUCCCCCUCCUCAAAUUAUCCCCGACUGCCACCGCCGUCUCAAAGUGUCAACCCCCCCACCCAAACGGACGACCUGAACUUUGACCCCUCCCUCAUCUUCCUGGAGUCGUCAGUGGAGGUGCGCGAUUGGCUGAGUGGAAGGGGAGGUGUGGCUGUGCCUGAACUGGGCGUGGCUCUGCCCUACCUCCCGCCCUUUGUCAGCAAUCUGAGCACGCUCAGUGUGCUCCUGCACAGCAAAGGCUCGCUCACCAGGACCACCAGCCGGCUGCUGAGUCACCACAGCCGACCUUCGCAGGCCACGUCCACGCCGCAGGCCACGCCCCCACAUCUGCCUGAUUCCACCUCCAAAGAAGCAGGCGCCUCUGUGGAUGCUGAGGAGGCGGAGCUUCUGUUGGCGGUCCGUCACCUGGUGAAGGAGCGCUUUGCAGAAAACCCCGCAUACCAGAUGCUGAAGGCCCGCUUCUUGUCCUGCUUCACCCUUCCGGCCCUCCUGGCGUCCGUGCGACCUGUUGCCACACCGUCCGCCUGCCAGGACGAGGAUGAAGAGGAAGACAUGAAGAGCACGAUGAAAAGAGAGAGAAGUGGGAGAGUUGUGGGAUCCAGAUUGUUGCCUCGUGACGGCGCCGGAGCUCCAGCCAAUCACUUCUCAGGAAUCAACGCCCAGCCCCGCCACAAUGGGACUCAGUGAUUUCUCUUUUAUUAAUAAUUAGGUUUUUAUUAUUGUCAGGGUGUAAUUUUUCAGAUGUGGACAGUGUCCCUGAAUGCAUCACCACUUAACACAUUUCAUUAUUUAUUAUGUUAAUCAUUAUUCUAAUAUUAUUUCUACUCUUUACCAAUAAA